CCCAAUGUCGAUUGCGCGCCCUCCUACUUAGUCUGAAUCGGAGUAUUUCAGUAACACCCCUAACAAUUGCCCCCCAAGCUGGUGGUGAGUUUUAACUCAUCGCUAGCUUGUUAUUUUUUUUCAAAAAAUCUUCAUCAAUAAUUUUGGAUGGAACCCUGUGUACCCCAGUUGCCCCCCAGCUGGUGGCGCGUUUGACUGACGCAGUGCCAGCUUCUUACGUCUUGCCCCCCAUUAACGCUCAGGAAAGUAAAAUAUUUCAAUAUUUAAUAAUGAUAGAGGGGUAGAGUACUUAGCUUUAUGUUGGCGAAGCGGCGCGAAGAGUUGUUAAAAUAAGAGUGCUGCGCCAAUGAAUCACAAAGCGCGCAUGUAGCCUGCUGGUGAUGUUGCUUGUCUCGCGGAGGAGUGACGCUAGUUCGAUUACUGGCGACGACCACAUUAUUUUUAAAUGGGUCCGCGCCUGUUGAAUGCGGAGCGCGAGCUGGGCCGCUUGAAGUGCGGGCCGCGUGUUGUACAGUGCGCUUGGACGCGGGCCAAGUUGCAGUGCGCUUGGACGCGGGCCAAGUUGCAGUGCGCUUGGACGCGGGCUCAGUAUGCCGCGGGUUUGGUCGGAUGGGGCGGACUUGGAUCCGCGAGUGCGGGCCGCGACUUGGGCUCCAUCUACGCUAGGAAGCUGAGCGGGCUUUGGACUUGGGCCGCGAGCCUUGAGUGGAUUGAUGGGCGGAACACGUGAAGAGGACCUUGUCGUGGUGGGCAGAAUGCGUUGAGCGAAUCUUGCGGCGCGAUGAUUGAGUUGAUGGGACCGGUGGCGGCGAGCAGUUUCAAAAUAGAAGUGACGCGCGCCAUAUUUCAAAUGUGGGGUGUGCUAGUUGCGCGGGACGCGAGUUGAUAAUUUUGUGCUCCGUCGUACUGAGUGGGCGCGAAUAGUUCAUGACUACUGCUAUUUUUUGUUCUGUCGAACUGAGUGGGCGCGAAUAGUUCAUGACUAUUGCUAUUUUUUGUUCCGUGGAACUGAGUGGGCGCGAAUAGUUCAUGACUAUUGCUAUUUUUUGUUCCGUGGAACUGAGUGGGCGCGAAUAGUUCAUGACUAUUGCUAUUUUUUGCUCUGUGGAACUGAGUGGGCGCGAGUAGUUAAAAAUCAGACGCCGCGCCAUUGAAACACACGGUCCGCAUGUAGCCUUCUGGUGAUGUUGCUUGUCUAGCGGAGGAGUGGCGCAGGUUCGAGGACUGGCGGUGACUACGUUUUUUUUGGAGAGUUCCGUGUCUGUUGAUCGCGGGCCGCGAGUUGGGCCGCCUACAGUGCGGGCCGCGAGUGUUGAGGCGGGCGCGCGGGACGCGUCUUGGGCUUGGCAAUCCGCGAGUUAAGCGGAUCGGAAUCGAGGACUUGGGCCGCGAGAGGUAAGGUGGGCCGCUAGCGGAAGCUUGGGCCUGCUUUGCACGCGCGGAAGGCCUGAGCGGGCUUUGUGUGAGGUUACACGCGGAGUGUUGUUAAAAUGAGAGUAUUGCGUCAAAGAAUCACAAGUCGCGAUGCGGGCUGGAAGUGAUGCGAUGCGGGCCCUAUAGUCGCGAGACUGUUGUUGGGCUGGAGGUGAAGCAGACCGCGAGUUAUGUGUGGGCCCUGCGCCCGGGCGUGAGCCCAUGUGACGUGUGUGGGUUGCAAGACGCGGUAUUGCUCUGAAAUGCCCAUAUGGCGCGCGUGGCCGCGAGUUUGGGGCAGACUGGAUGGAGACGGGCCAAUGUGAUGGCGGAACUUACUAGUAGUAGUGCAGACUUCAAAUAAAAGUGGCGCGCAUUAAUUAAUAAGAAAUUCUUCUGGUGUAC